UAGCUUGGCUAAUUAGCCUAAGGCUUUACCGGUUAAUUCAAAUUAGCUAGGCUAAUUAGCUGAGAGUUUUACCGGUUAAAUGGUUAAUUUUUUUUUUUAUCUAUCCAUGAAAAAUAUAAGGUAGAGAUACCAUUUGUCACCACUGCUCCAUUUUCGGACACUUAACCCUUCAUUUUAAUUAAUGAAAAGUGUAAAAUAAAAUUUCUAUUUUAAUAGUGGGAUAAAAGUAUCUCUGAAGAAAUUAAAAAAAUUGAUUAUGGUAUUGCGUAUUUUACAAAAUAUUUUGUUUGAAUUUUUCAAGUGUCCAAAACUGGCCCUAAAUUGGCCAAAAAUGGUACUUUUACCCUUUAGAAAAAGUCAUAUUUAUUGAAUAUUAGACUGAAAAAGCUAUAAAAAAAUCUAUACUAUUAUUUAAAUUGCGCGCUCUACUUUCACCUACCACAAUGGGGACAUCAAAAAAAAAAAUAGUACGGGUUAUAGCCUAUAGGUGCAUGUUAAGCGCUCAUUAGUAUUUCUUUCUUAUUACAUAUAUUUAAAAUUUAAAACAAAUAUCGAGACUUGCCUACAUCAUAUAUAUCAAAGAGUUAUGUUAAAUUUAAUAUUUAAAAUGUCAUCUUACGUAUAGAAACAUUUCAUAUCAAUUACAAGUAAUUGUGCAAAGUGUAAAUAUUGCCCAGUUCAGUAUAAUCGAAAAAAAAAAAACGUCAUCCUUAAGGUACCACGUAAAUAAUAAAUAUCCUGACAAAUUUCAAUCAGUCAUUCCGAUUGACGAGUCAGAUUCUAAUUCAGAGUAAGUCAACUUUUUUUACCAAUUACUUUUAUGUUAACUUCGUUUAAACUUUUUUUUUAUAAUAAAAUAACAUAUCUUAUAACUAUAAUUUUAAUUUUAGUAAUUGUAAUUAAUUAAUUUAAAAUUCAUAUUUAGAGCCAACGAUGAGUCCGAUCCCGAAUCGUCUGAGGUACCGAAAAAACGUCAGAAAAUAUCUACGAAGAAAUAUUACUGCCGUGUUGUAAAUAUUUACUAGUAUUUCUUGCUUUUUUUUUUGAAUUAAUAUGAAAAAUAAAAUAUCAAAUAUGUGACGAGUUCUGUUAAUUAUUUAAUGCCAAUAUUAAUUAUAAAGUUUUAAAAUAUUUAUUUUUUUUCAGAACCCUAAAUCUGAAGCCAUCACCGGAUCAAUUGUAAAAAUGAUAGCAGUUGACAUGCUGCCGUUAUCAUUUGGCGAAGGUUCGGGAUUUUUGCAGUUUCUUCGAACUGUUUGCCCAGAUUAUACUAUGCCAAGUAAAACGGUUGUACAAAAUCGUUUACAAGGCAUUUAUGAUUCUGCGCGCAAUAAAAUUCUUACUUCUCUUAACCGUUUCCCAACUGUCGCUAUCACAACUGAUGCUUGGUCAUCACGUAGUAAUAUUCCGUUCAUCACAAUCACAGUACAUGCUAUUGAUAAUUCAUGGAAUUUACGUUCGUUUACGUUGGAUACUUUAGAAAUGUCAGAAUCACAUAAUGCGUCAAAUUUAUUUGACCAUUUAUAUAGAGCAUUGACAGAAUGGAAUCUGAAUGAAAAAUGUAUUAAUUAAUGUAACGGGACCGUUAGGUCCACCUCCGUUUGACGGGAGGCCGAUACCUCACCCUUUUGGGCAUACUCGCGCUGCGUAGCCCUAUUUGUAUAUUAUGACUCCACCAUUUAUUAUAAAAGCGAAAUAUGAGCAUAUGCUCACAUUAGCUUACCCAUUAGACAUGCAGUGCAUGUGGGUGCCUCACGCGCAGCCACCACGAGUCCGACCUCACAUGGACCCAAACACUCCUCCCAUCUCAGGUAAUAAAGAGACUCUGGUCGAAGUGGGGCUUGGAAUGAGUCCCCCGUGGUACCAGACUUCAGCUCUGGUUAACUGCUUGCGUAAGAUAAGUGGUGGGACACAAGUUCUCCCCAAUCCAUAUGGGUUACCUCCACUUAUAGUCACUAAGGAUUUAAGACAAGCCAAUAUAUACAUUCGCCAUCAUAUGUCACAUAGUGUUCACUUAUCUCCGAGCUUUUUGGGGAUGCCAUUAAUGUUUUAAGUCAUAAAAAUGGCGGCGAUAGUUCCACUCGGGGAAUGAAAAAUGUAUUGCUGUUGUUCAUGACAAUGCACCCAAUAUGGUUGCUGCAAUACGCAAUAAUUUCAGUGAGGAUAAUAACAUUGGGCAAAGUGUCCGCUGCUUUUGUCACACACUACAAUGUGCAGUUGAAAGAGCUUUAAAAGAAAAAAAUCUAAAUGUAUAUCUUCACAAAAUUUGUGCUAUUGUUGGUCAUUUUAAACAUUCUAAUAAAGCUACUUCAGCUCUUUCUAUUGCUCAGAAAAAAAAUAUCAUCUACCAAACCACCGAUUGAUCAGUUAUUGCACUACGCGUUGGAAUUCUGCAUAUGCCAUGAUCGAGCGUGCAUAAGAACAACGUCAGGCAAUCGAAUUUGUUCUACUAGAUUCUGAGUUGACGACUACAGAAAUGAAAAAAAAAAUAGCAUUUAAAAAAUAGCGAGUGGCAUUAUUUAGAAGCCGUAAUAAAGCUUUUAAAACCGUUUGAUAUUGCAACAAGAUUAAUGUCUGCCGAAUCUCAAUCUACGAUUUCAAUGGAACGACAAACCGUACAUUCUAUUUGCAACAAAUUUUUGCAACAUGACGAUGACGACCUUCUGAAUAUCCAGAUGCUAAAAGAUAUACUGAGAGAAGAACUGGAAAUUCGUUUUUUGAAUCAAGAACCUGUGACUGUGAGUGGCUUAGCAUGCUUCCUAGAUCCAAGAUGUAAAGACAUGGCUAACGAAACUCAACAUUAUCGUGAAGCUGUUAAAGAAGAGUUAUUGGAGCUAAUGAUAAAAGAAGACACUUGUGAUGAAAAAACUCAAUCAUUAAGCAAAAAUCAAAGAGCAGAAGAUUUGAAUUAUCUUUUCGGUCCAGAACGGGCUCUAUAUGACAGCUUUGAGAGAAUGUCGAGUUUUGAUGAUUCACCGAGAUAUUUAGCUAAAUGUCAAAAAGAGAUCGAUAGCUAUAAAAAAGAGCAAGUCAUUCUGAUAGAAGAUAAUCAUUUGCUUUGGUGGAAUUCGAAACGCCAUAAAUUUCCAUUACUGUCUAGAUUUGCAAGAAAAUAUUUGGCUAUUCCAGCAUCGAGUACGCCAUCAGAGAGAGUUUUUUCGACAGCAGGAAAUAUUAUAUCUGCUAAGCGAAGCUGUUUGCUGCCAGAAAAUGCCAAUUUACUAAUAUUUCUAUAUCAAAAUCGAGAUAUCAUUGACGAAUUUACUGAAUCACAAAGUUAAA